GGGCCUCCGCCGCGCAACUCUCGCGAGAGCUGCCCGCGCGUUGCCAGGGAGACGGCGGCGCGGCCCCGGCCGCCAUGGCGCCCAAAAAGGCCGGGAGGAAGGGGAAGGGCGGCAAGGCCCCGGCCGUGGCGGACGCCUCGGGCCCCGAGGAGAUGAGCAGGGAGCAGCUGGGGGAGCACAUCGUGCGUCUCCGGGAGGAGCUGGAUCGGGAACGGGAAGAGCGCAACUACUUCCAGCUGGAGCGCGACAAGAUUCACACCUUCUGGGAGAUCACCCGCCGGCAGCUGGAGGAGAAGAAAGCAGAGCUGCGUAACAAGGACCGCGAGAUGGAGGAGGCGGAGGAGCGGCACCAAGUGGAGAUCAAGGUUUACAAGCAGAAGGUGAAGCACUUGUUGUACGAGCACCAGGAAAACCUCACCGAGCUGAAGGCAGAGGGCACCCUGUCCAUGAAGCGGGCCCAGAAGGAUCACUGGGCCCAGGAGAUGGAGCUGCGCAAAGACAUGCGCUCCUUAAAGGUGGAGCUGAAGGAGCAAGAGCUGGCCAACGAGGUGGUGGUGAAAAACAUGCGCCUGAAGCAAGAGGAAGAGAUCACGCGGCUGUGCAACGACUUCGAGAGACAAGUGAAAGAGAUUGAGGCCAAGUACAGCAAGAAGAUGCAAGUGCUGCGGGACGAGCUUGACUUGCGCCGGAAGACUGAGAUCCAUGAGGUAGAGGAGAGGAAAAACAACCAGAUCAGUGAACUGAUGAAGAACCACGAGAAGGCCUUCAGUGAGAUCAAGAACUACUACAACGAUAUCACCCUCAAAAACCUGGCGCUCAUCAGCUUGCUCAAGGAGCAGAUGGAGGAGAUGAAGAAGAGAGAGAAUCAGUUGGAAAAGGAGAAGGCAGACGUGCUGCUCCAGAACAAGCAACUGAAGGAGCCCCUGCAGCAGGCCCAGGAGCAGGCGUUUGAGCUGCAGAAGAAGUUGGCCCACUAUGACAUGGACAAGGAGGCUCUGACGAACACAAAAGCCCGUCUGAAAGUCAUCCAGAAGGAACUGAAAGACCUUCAGUGGGAGCACGAAGUGCUGGAGCAGCGGUUCAGUAAGGCUGCGGCGCUGGGUCACGAGAGGAUCCGCGUGGAGAGGCUCCCGCUGCAGUGGGGAGAGCCAGCGACAGACUCCCUCGUUCUGCUGGUGCAGGCGGAGCGAGAUGAGCUCUACCAGAAGUUCACCAAAGCCAUUAACGAGGUGCAGCAGAAGACGGGGUUCAAGAACCUGCUCCUGGAGCGCAAGCUGAAAGGACUCCUCGACAUCCUGGAGAAAAAGGAGGUGGAGCUCAGCGAGGUCUUUGCAGCCUCCAACCUCGACCCGGGCGCCCUCUCCUUGGUCUCACACAAGCUGGAGGACGUGCUCAAUUCCAAGAACAGCGCCAUCGAGGACCUGCAGUUCCAGCUGGCCCGAGUCUGCAAGGCGCACAACGACAUGCUGCAGACGCUGGAGGCGAAGCUGACGGCUUUUGGGAUCCCGCUGGACAACCUGGGCUUCAAGCCCCUGGAGAGCCCGGUGCUGGGCCAGGCCUUGGGGCAGGGCCCCGCGGGACUCGUGGCGGUGCCCACGUGACCCCAGGCAGCACCCAUGGGUGCUGGCUGUGCUCGGGUGCUCCUGGGGCAGGGAGCAGGGCUGCGCCUGCCUCACGCCACCAGCAUCCCACCCCAAGGAAGGUGAUUUUUUUUUUUUCUUUGAGACUAAGGGUGCUGUUUGAAUCC